GGGUGCUUGUUGGAGCAGUAGGCGGGAGCAGAGCAAGGGGCGAGGCCUUGAGGGAGCGGCGGCGGUUGUAGUGUCGGAGGCUUUGGCGACAGCGACGGCUAUGGUGACAACUUCUCUGAGAGUGUAAAAAGUGGAUCAGGUGGCUCAUAUGCUAAAGGAUGGCAAGGUCACGAUCCAGAUCCCCCAGGUGGAAACAAAGGUCAUUAUCACCACAAUCUAGAAAUUUUGAAUACCAUGAGGAAAGACAUUUCCAUGGGCACUAUGACCCUGAAUAUAGAAAUGAUUCAGAAAGACCCUUUACUUGGAGAAUGGAUGAUGAGAAACAUGGACAAAAUAAACCAAGGAUUCCCCCUCGUGUAAAUUCGUAUUAUCGGUCUUACGAGAAUAGAUCAUCUUCCCCAAAUGUAAAACCUGUUGAAAAAUUUGAUACAUAUAAGCCUCACCAAGAAUAUUUUCCUGGAAGAGGAGAUGAUGACAGAAGAUCUCAGUAUAUGUCCACAUACACAGAAAGUGCAACAACCUACAUGGAGCAUGAAAGGGAUUCUUAUAUGCCUACAGUGCAAGGAAGGUAUCCUCCUGAUGAGCACAGAGGUAGAGGAAGUGGGAGAGGAGAGAAGCCACCUCAGAUGUCACUGGCAGAGUCCUUGAGAUUUAAAGAGAAAUGGCCUGAAGAUGAAAUGAGACACCAAAGGGUACAAGAAGAAACCUACCCUCAGUCACCCAGAAGAGGCUCAGAAGACUUUGACACAAGGAACCCUUUUCAGAAGAGGUAUCCUGAGGAUCAUGAUUUCAGAAAGUAUGGCUACACAUCAAAAAGACCUACAGAUGCAGCAAGAUAUGAAAAUAGAGAGCCAGCCAGAAUCCCAAAGUGGAAGCCUGAGCACUCUUUUCUACCUUUUCAAGAAAAGAAAGAAGAGUGGAGCUUUGGAGCCCAAAGUCACAGAUACACUGAGAGAGAAUACCCAGAGAGAAGUUCAGCAACCAGAGUAUCCUAUGACUACCGUCAUAAACAUCAUAAGCUCUCAGAUAGUGAGCAGGACUUUCCUGAUGGGAGAUUUCAGAAGUUCUUGAAGGAAGAAGACAGAAAAUACAGUUCUCUAAUAGUUCCUGGAAAUAGAGAAUCAGAUUGUUUCAGUACUACAAGAGGAAGAGAAAUUGAGGAUGAGCAAAUCAAUGGACCUUUUCAUCUCUAUAAGAAAGACUGUGUUUUCUAUACUCAUACAAAUAUAAAGGAGGCUGAUUUGGGGCCUUGCAAUGACAAAUGGAAGACAAAUAAAGAAGAUUACAGAAAAGAGAAUGCAUCUUUUAGUAAACAACUUGAUACAAUCCCAAAACCUGAAGAGAAAUGCUAUUCACUUAUCAAGAAGAAAUCACUUACCGUCAAAGUAGACAGGAACAAGAUGAGCACAUCUAGAUAUUUUGCAGAGAGACAGACAUCACAUGAUUUGGUUGCUAUUGGCAAUAGAAGUGACAAUUUUCAUCCAGUAUUUCAACAUCUUGACUCAACUCAGAAUCCUGAAAACAAACCUACAGAAGAAUUUGCUCAGGAAAUCAUAACAAUAAUCCACAAAGUUAAAGCAGAUAGUUCUGUAAAACCUGCUAUUACUCUACAUGAGCGUUUCUCAAGAAUAAAAAGCAAAAAGGAUACAGAUUUCAAUCAAAUGAAACCAAAUUCAGAUCCAGAAUUUCACAGGCGAAUAGAUAUGUCUUUGGCUGAUCUUCAGAAUAAAAACACUAUGGUGUAUGAACCUGAUAAGACUCUGGUCAAAGUAAUAGAACCAAAUGAUCUACGACAUGACAUUGAGAGGAGGAGAAAAGAGCGAUUACAGACUGAAGAUGAGAAUAUUUUUCACAUGGCUAGUCCUAAAGAGAGGAAUCAUCAGUCUCCCAGUUUUUCAAAGGUGAAGACUAUUCGUGCUGAUGGAUUUCAAAAGCCUCCACAUUUUAUAAAAUCAAAUUUUAGAAAAUUUAUUCAGAAACCUUACAUAAACUAUACUAUGCAAAGAAAAGAUGCCAUUACUCAGAAGAUAUUUAGAGUUGAGGAAAAUCAUCAAAACAGAAGAGGCUCUAAAGGAUCUUCUAAGAACUUUUUGGGUGGAAGAGUCCAGCCCCAUUUUAAAUCACACCUGGUACAGAAGAGCUUGCAUAUUCAGGCUAAAUACCAGCGUUUACGGUUUGCUGGACCAAGAGGAUUUAUUACCAAUAAAUUCAGAAACAGAUUUCUGAGAAAAAAAAGGAGUACCCAAUAUUGCCAAGGACAAACAACCUGGAAUUGUUGCAAAUGGAAUCAACCCUAUAUGAGGACUUAACUGAGCAUCUCAUUUUUGUCAGGAAUUGGAAUCGACACUAAGACACUAAUACUGUAACUUUCUUGAUAAAAUAUCUUUAUUUUUCAGUAGUGGAAUGCUGCAACUUUUUUACACUCAACAAUCACUGUUAAUUACAGUAUUCAGUUUCAAAAGUUGUACUUAACAACAAGCUCUUUUGCAAAAACUCAGCAGAAGCAUUUGAGGGGCACUAUUUGUUGAUGCAUCUUUCUCUCAGCAUAGUUUCACUGAGAGAAUUAAUAUAUAUGUAAACAUUUAUAUGUUGAAAGCUUUGUGUUAGAAGAACAGGUAUCAGGAUUAUUUAGUGUCUGUACAUGAAAGAACUUUAAUCAGUGGCCUUACAGUAGCAAAUUUUAUAUUGGUUUUCUUUUUCUGAUGACAUUUUGGCUUCUAAUUUGAAGUUUUCUGACGUUUCUGAAGAUCAAGGCCUGUGUGUGUCAUCCAUUUUAUAAUACAAUAUAAGAAGCCUAGAAAAGAGGUGCAUCUUCUCCAUUGGGCCAUGGGUAUCUUGGGUUUUCCCAUGACUAUUUGUUCUUUUCUAGUUUUAAAUGCUAUUGUGGAAAAUAUGUAAGGAUUUUAUAAUCUCUAUUCCUUCUUCUUUUCCCUCAGGGCAAGCUUGUGCAUAUUAUAUUUUUAAAGGUUUUUAAAAUCUGACAGACAAAAUUGCAUAUUUGAACAUUGUACUUUACUACUGCGGUAUUACACAUUUUGCAGACACAUCUUACAGACAGCAUAGCUUUGGUUCAAUUGAUAGGUGUUCCAUACCUACUGUGUAUAAGAUAGGAUCCAUGGGAUAAUAAAUACAGUCUGUAGGUCCAGAAACUUACUUCUUUGUUUUCUUUCUUCUGCUUAAAAGUACAUAUACAUUCCCAGUCAAAUUUUUGUGACAUGUUUAUUUGUAAGAAAAUAAAAUAUUGUUCUUUCUGCUUGAA